AUGACGAGCCGCCAUCUGAUUGGAGCGCGAGCGUCGGCCGACCAAUGGGACGGCGGGUGGGCGUGGCCGGCGACCUCUCGCCAGCUGCCGACUGUCGACUGUCGACAGCCGACAUUAAUCGUAAAGGAGGGAACGCUGGCUAACGUAAAACGCGAGAGUGAGUUGGAGUGGUGCCGCGCCACUACUCCCGAUUACCCGGACGAGUUCUGCGACGAGGACUACGACAGGAUGAUGGUGGAGACGUCGUCGUCGCCGAGGGCGCACAACUUCCUCGGCAACGUGCUGCUCGGCGAGGGUUUCAAGCCGGUGUACAAGACGGCGGCGACGGCGACGACGACCACCGGGGGCGGAGGCGGAGGCGGCGGCGGCAGUUCGCUGUUCACCAUCGACAGUAUUUUGGCGCCGAGACCGAAGCCGACGCCGCAGCGGUCGGUGCUGCAGCCGCCGACGCUCCACCUCGGACACAUUGCGGCGGCCGCCGGCGGGUUCGGGCCCACGUCCGCCGACUUUCUGGCCAUGGCUUAUCCCGGUCUGUAUCCGGGAUACGUGCACGCGUUGGCGGCCGCCUCGCAGGCCGCCUCCAUGGCCAACCCCCAUCACCACCCGCAGCACCAGCCGCCCAAGCGGAAGCGCAGGCACCGCACCAUCUUCAGCGAGGAGCAGCUGGAGCAGUUGGAAGCCACCUUCGAACAGACCCACUAUCCUGACGUGGUGCUAAGGGAACAACUGGCCCUCAAAGUGGACCUCAAGGAGGAACGAGUCGAGGUGUGGUUCAAGAACAGGAGGGCCAAAUGGAGGAAGCAGAAGCGCGAGGAACAGGAGAGGAUCAGGAAAAUCCAGGAGGAAGAUGUGUGCAGGUCGAACGUGGAACCGCCGAUGAUCCUGAAGCAGUCGUUCAGCGAUGAAGACUCGUCAGACCUGGAGGUGGCCUAAUUAAUGGCCCUGAGGCGUUUCCGUUACUACUCUUCAUAUCUAGUCAAUUGUUACUUUGUAAAUAGAUGUAUAUUUGUUUGUUUCACGAAAUCGACAUCGGAUCGACGUUUUUCCCAUUUUCGUUUUUAUUAUUUGGCCCAUUUACGUUUAGCUUAUUCUUAGUUGACAUCAAAAAGCUUAUUGUUAUCAGUUUGUGUUGUUACGAGUUAUUGUAAAUAGUUAUUGAUAAGUAUUUAGGGUGUAAGUUUGAACAAAUUAUUAUGCAAAUGUGUUGAGUUAUACAUUUUACAGUACCUACAUAAUAGGAAA